AUGGCCACUGCACAGAGAAGCAACAAGUCGUCCGGUUUGAGGAUUGAGACUUCCUUCCAGCGCGGGUCAGGAAACCGCUGGCGGAAUGGCGGGCACGACGGGGAGCGGAGGGGUGCUGAUUAUCGAGCUGGUAACGAGGGCGACCGUACCAACACACCUCACGAUUAUGACGCACACCGUUGCGGUACUGAUGAAGAAAGCAGUGUUCUGAGUAGCCUUCACUCCUCGACACCUCCCAUCUCAGUCCCGCGCCAUGAUGACAGUCCGAAUCAUGAUGAGAUUCCUCACAAUCCAGAGGAUAUUGACGCCUCCUCGCCUUUCGACUCGUUUCUUCAGCAGGAUAAGUCGUCACCCGGUUUCGACCCUGCCCUCAUCACUCCGGGGAACCUGCAGCCUUCUGAAAGACAGCUGUCGCAAAGCGAGAGGCUGAGCCGGGCUCGAAAAUUCCAGCCGCAGAGGACAUCGAGCCUCCGGAACAUACUUCCGCAGGAUGAUGACGAGUUGGCGAGCGGUAUCAGCCAGUUGGGUUUUAGUCCCGAUUCCAGACGGUCUCAAGUCCGGCGAGCGGUUCCGACAGGAUUCUCACGCGAAGGUUUUCCUACGAGCCCGAACGGCGACCAUCCCACCUCUCUCACAACCAUCUCAACCAUGUCCCCUAUUAUGGACGAAGUACAGACCCCUCCGGAAACCUCUCGGGGUAUGCUUUCACCACUUUGCAUGUCGUCGCCUACGCAGGCGUAUCACUCUCCCGAGGAAGAUCGCAGCGCCUCCUGGUCCGGAGGAUCUGCAGCCAUUUUUGGCAGCAAACCAAGCCGCUGGCGAAGCGGUACAACUACACGCUCGCGCCGCUCGACAAACUCCAGUGGAAAGUCUCCUGCGAGCGCCUUUCUCUCCAUGUGGAGUACGAGGGAGGAAGCACCGCCAAAGCCUGACGAUGAGGGUCAAAUGGUUGGAACCGAAUAUGUUCUUGGGAAGAUAAUCGGAUCUGGCGGUUUCAGCGUCGUCAAGGAAGCUUACAAGGUUGAAGAAAGUGGCGAGACGAGACGACUGGCCGUGAAGAUCGUGAAAAAGCAAGUUGCCGACAAAACUGAGAGGGAAAACGAUGCGGUCCAGGCGGAGUUCGAUCACGAAGUUCGUGUUUGGCGGUACCUCAAUCACGAGCAUGUCUUAUCUCUCGAUGCGGUCUAUGAGACAGAUUACGCCACGUUUUGCUUCACGAAGCUUCACAUUGGUGGCACUCUAUUCGAUCUCAUCCGCCAGAAUCGUCAUAACCAUCGCAGUAUCGAAAUGGGCCUUGCGAAGAAAUACACCUACCAACUUGCGCUCGCCCUGCGAUACCUGCACGAAGACGCUCGGGUGGUUCACAGGGAUAUAAAACUGGAGAACUGUCUUUUGGACCCAGUCGAGCUGCCCGACGGCACAAAAACUUCGAAUCUCGUUUUAUGCGAUUUUGGAAUGGCGGAAUGGAUCAAUGUCGACAACGAUGCCUCAUCUGAGCCGUACGAAGAUGCGGGGGACCGACCACCACUACGAACCAUUGGUCCCUCUGAUUCUAGCACGAGCAUCGCAGGCAGCCUCGAAUACGCCUCGCCGGAACUACUCGACUCUUCCUCUGGAAUCAUCCACCCGUCCGUUGACAUCUGGGCAUUUGGAGUCAUCCUCUUCACGCUCAUUGUUGGGUCUCGACCUUUCCAGAGCUCUUUUCAGCCCCGUCUGAUAUCUAACAUCCGCGAUGGUGUGUGGAACAGGAAGGCAGUGCUGGGUGAUGGGAGCGACUUCGAAGCACGACGCGAUGCACUCGACCUCAUUACUCACUGCCUAGAAAUGGACUAUCGCAAACGUUGGACGGUCCGCGACAUCCUUUCUUCCCGCUUCGUGAGGGAAUUCGUCGCCGAAAGCCCAUCGGACAACGUCUGGAAACUUUGA